CUUUCUCUCGCUCGGUGUUCUCGGCUCGCAUACAGACGAAUGCACAUUCCUAAGGAAAUUUAUCAGCUAACAAUUAAACUAUUUCGUGAAAAAAAUUGUCACAAGCGGGCGUUCAUGUUUCGUUGUAAAAAAUGAUCGAGUUUACCAUAAAAACCUUGGAUUCAACGAAUCACAACUUCUCAGUGGAAGAUGGGAUCACCAUUCAGCAACUUAAAGAGAAAGUCAGGGAGCAAAUGGGCAUAGAAACUAAUCUGCAGCGACUCAUAUUUUGCGGGAGAGUACUGCAAGAUGAAAAAAGAUUAUCAGAUUAUGAUGUGCGCGGUAAAGUAGUGCACCUCGUGCAGCGCGCGCCUCCGAGCCCCGAGUCGCGACACUCCAGCUACACCGCCGCGGGCGCGGGCGCCGCCGACGCCGCCAACGCUAACGCCAACCAGAACAGACGGGCCAGUCCACUAGCCAGUAUCAUCCGAGAAGAGCAAGCAUCUACUUCGCCUACGUCAGGCCGCCUGGACUUCAUCCGCCUCAUGGUGUCCGAGAUCAAGACGUCACUGGCGAGCCUCCAGGCUCAGGCCCAGGCGCAGGCGCAGGCACAGGCACAAGCUCAGACUGCUAAUGGAGAAGCUGGCACAGACAAUGCGGCAGCGUCGGGUAGCAGCGAGGGCAAUGUAGAGAACAUGGAAACAGAUGCCGCUCCCAGCGCCGCCCAGGAAGAGGGAGACUCCACGCUGGACGAGGCCGGCGAAGCGCCCCCGGACUCGGCGGCGCGAGCUCAGCACGCACGACGCAGAAGCUACCGCGCCAUCCGCGCUCUCCGCGCGCGUCACUCUCGCCCGCGCGACCUCGGCCAGCUGAUGGAGGAGCUGGAGGCGCUGCAGGAGCAGUUCGCGCCGCACCGCGCGCAGUACACGCGCCUGCUCAUGGCCGCCAACAGCGCCGAGCCGCCGAUCUACACCGAGGAGGAACGGCAGAACGCGCAGCGAACCGUGGACAUAGUGUCGGACAUUAUGCACAGCUUCGCGCAUGCGUACCACGCGGUCAGCGACAUCAACUUCCAGGUCGGCCAGCGCAACCCGCGCCUCACCUCCGAGGCCUCCGUCAUGCGCCACCCGCUGCCCAUGCAGCAGGCACACAUUAACGUGGUUCAGUCUAACCGCCGCCAGCCGGGACAGAACGGCACCGUGCCGACGGCAGGCGCCACCGCCGCCGCCGGGCAGACGGCGCCCGCCACCACCGCCACCGCCACCAGCGCCACCGCCGCCGCCGCCGCCGCCGCCACCGUUACCAGCGCCGCCGCGUCCGCCGCCACCGCCACCAGCGCCAGCGCCGCACACCCCGCGCCCGCCGCCGGGCUCAUCGGCAACGGCCAACCCUCCGCCGAGACCAACGCCGCCGGCAGGAACUCCACGCAGCCCACAGUCAACAUAAACAUACAGCCCGAUCCCAUCACGUACCAAGUGGAGAUCGAAACCAGGGUUCCGAUAGCGUUCGCCCUUGAGAAUGGUCUGCUGAACGGGCUGACUGGCGCGCACGCCCAGGUGCCCGCCGCCGCCGCCGCCGCCGCCGCCGGCGUCCAGCCGGCGCAGCCCAACCCGCCGCCGCAGCCGCAGCAGCCGCAGGAUGGCCAGCCCACCCAGCCCAGCCAGCCCAAUCAGCAACAACAACCAAGGCGUCAAGUUCUCUUCGAUUUUGAGAAUUUGUUCCGUGGCCUAGGCCAGAACGGCGGUCUGGGCGGCGUGGAGGUGGUAAUGAGCAUGGAGGAGAUCCCCAACGGGCAGCUCCUGGGGGCAGCGGCCGCGGGGGGCGCCGCCGGUGCGGGGGGCGCGGGGGGCGCGCGCCCCGAACCCACACUGCACGGCAUCGGCGUGCAGCAGGCCGACGGCGGAGGUAAUACUCCCCACAUCUUCGGAGCAGACAUAUACCUAGGCGGGAUGCCUUGGGGCGGCGCCCCGAGCGCGGACCUGCUGCAGAACAUCGUGUCGUCGGUGAUCCGGCAGGGGCUGCUGCCGGGCGGCGAGGCCGUGGCGCUGCAGGUGGCGCACGCCGUGCCCGCCGCGCCCGCCGCGCCCGCCGCGCCGCCCGACCAGGCGCCGCCGCAGAACGGACACACGCCGGGCAGACACGCCAACCUGCACCUGCGGCGCGCCACGACCACGACCCGCGCGCACGCCGUCACGCUCAACAACUUCAUCUACGACCGCUUCCUGCUGUGCGUCAGCCCGCACGCCCGCCGCCGCCUGCUUCGACGCAGGGAGCAGCAGCAGCACCAGGCGGCCGCGCACGCGCGCGCGCGCGCCGACCGCGCCGCCGCGCAGAACAUCGAGGUGCUGCGCGAGCGGAACCCCAACUUCACACAGAAUCACAUUCAAACUAUGAUGGAUUUGCUGAGCAGCGAGCCGGGGCGAGCUUCGUUCACAAACGCUUUCUUUGUGGCCGUUGCCCGCCACCUGUUCCUGACGGAGCCGAUGCAGAUUGUGUCGGGCGAGUCGGCGCUGGUGCCCAACGAGUUCCAGGCGCUGCGGCAGAUGCUGCGCGUGUACCUGCAGGAGCUGCUCGCGCGCUCGGGCGGCGCGCACAGCGAGCACACCUUCGAGACCGUGGCCGGCUUCCUGGUCGACGAGCAGCAGGACUUCCUGUCGCGCGUGGACGAUAUAGUUCCGCUGCGGUCGGAGUUCAACCUGGGCGCGUCGAUGCGCGCGCUGAUCGCGUCGCGACUGCCCGCCAUCGUGGCGUCGGUGAUGUCCGACUCGGCCACGGAGGCGUUCGUGGCGCGCUUCUACGCCAUGUUCUCGCACCUCUUCACCGACAUGUGCACGCUCAUGGCCUACUGCUGCCGCGACGGCGUCGACGGACUGCGCACGCUCUUUAGAGCUUUUUUGGAAGAGAAAGUGCGUGAGUGGGGCAGCGAAGACGUCCAGCAAGUGCUGAUCACACUGGGCAUGGAGAACCUCGGCGUCGUGAUCAACAGCCUGAACGCCAUCACGCCCGUCGACCCCAUACAGCAGUUCGUUAUUCGACGUGCGCCCGCCGCGGCCGCGGCGGCUCCGCAAGAGCCGAGCCCGAUGGACGUGUCCCCGCCGGGCGCAGGAGCGGGCGCGGGCGCGGGCGCGGGCGCGGCGCCGGCCUGCGCAUCCGACACCAGCGUGUCGAGCACCACGGGCGAGGUGGGCCCACGCGCCGCGCGCGUCGCGCCCGGCAACGAGGCCGCGCCCGCCGCCGAGCCGCAGCCCUCGCGCUCUACCCCUAGCCAGAGUUCACGAGCGAGCCGACCAGAGCGCGAGUCUGCGGCUCAAAGGACGUCUCCCGACUCGCAGUCCAACAACCUGAACUUCGUGCCGCCAAUGAUGCUGCUACAGCACUGGGGCGAAGAGUGGGUGCCGGUGUUCACUCGCGACCAGCACAACAUGAGUGCGACGCAGGAGCCGUACAGCGACGCCUACUUGUCGGGCAUGCCGAGCCGCAAGCGGCGCUGCGUGCGCCAGUCGCGGCCACCGCACACGCUCGACUCCUUCAUCAACGAGAGCGUCCGCGAGGCGAGCUCGCGGCCCGCGCCGGUGGACAGCGAGGCGGUCCGGCGCGCGUUCCGCGAGCACAUGCGCACGAUGGCGCGCAGCCGCGCCUCCAACUCCGAGGACUACGACCCGCUGCGGUACGCCUCCGCGGCGCGCUUCCUCAACUCCUCCGACACAAAGAAAGAGCCGAAAACAGAGGAUAAAUCUUAAAUGUACUCUCCGUGCACUCGUUCGUCGCAGCCUACGCCUGCCUCGUUCUCCCAACAUUAAGUUGAACAUUUCCUACUCACACUGUAUGCGAGUGUUGUUUUACUUAGACUGAAUCCAAUUUAGCAUUCUAAAUUUUAACACGACCACUUGAAUGGGAUCUAAAUUUCAGGAGUCUUCUUCUGUUUAAAAGCUACUGUAUGCAUAUAUGCCUGUACUAUUAUUGUCUUGGUAUUUUUUUUUAAUAUACUCAAAUAAUUUAAGUUGAUGACAAUGUCCGACAAGCCGCACAACCGGUGUAUUGACCUUUGAGAAAAUAUAAGUUUAAUUUACCGAAACUAAUUUAUUCUAAUUUACUGCAUGUAAAAUAACUAACUUGUUUCAAAUACUUGUCGUAUUGUCACAAUGUCGUGUAAACGUUAUGUUUAAGGAUAGAGACAAUUUUAAAUAUAUCUGUUAGAAAAUAAUAACAUUUAAUAGACUCUCCAUUUAUCAAGUGUUACAUUAACUAGCUUUACACAAUAUUUAAUUGUUACAGUUUGUAGCUGAAUGUAAGUUGUGUAGGCAUCCAAUACAAUAUUGUUUUCGAACCUCCAUUAGCAUUACUGUUCUGUCUGUCUGUAAGUCUGAGUUUUUUUAUAAAUUAUGAACGCCAAAGUUUUUACAUUUGAAAUAUCAGGUCAAAUACUAUACAUUUUAUUUUCUACUCGACCUUACAUACUCGUAUACUGUUAAUAUUUUUGUUUGAAAGAAUACGCCAGAUAUUCUUUUUUUCUUUUUUUAAUUGAGGUUUUAACAUUUUAUUUAAUAUUAGUGCGUCUGAUCGUUUACUUGAAAUAAAAUGACUAAUUACAGAACAGAAACACUUAAUUUUAACCAUUUCGUUUUACCCAGUAUGCUAAUAAAAUGUUUUUAAAAGAUAUUUUGAAUUCAAAGUGAAAUAGUUAUAAUAGUUAGUACGUGCAGAGCAGUAGUCCAGGUGGGCGUGGAGUGCCGACCUGCGCAGACCCAUGCUCAUGUUUGUUACUUGGUGCUGAGUCAGGACGAUACAGGAGACCAAUACUUGUUGAAACAUGUGUCAUGAGACUGAUGUACUCUUGUAUAUAUACUUAUGCAAGCAUUAGUUUGGUUACAUUAUAGCCUACUAGUCGGUAUACACGAUAUUGAUAAACAUUUUGGAAUAUCAAUUAUUUUACAACGAGAAUAAAAGCCACUAUUUGACAUGUUCUCACACAUUGAAGCUAUUUUACACACAUUAUUCCGCCUGAUCGUUCUACGAACCAAUACUGUGAACGACGUAGGGCCAGUUGUAUCAACCACAGUUAACAGACACAUUAACGUAAACGUCACACAGCAGAGCUCUGUGGAACUUCCCGUACAAUAAAGCGAACGCUUGACAGAAAGUUUAGUGCAACCACGAAAUAUAUAAUAGUACAAGUACAGAAGGCUCACUCCUUUGAUGUUCACAAAAUGCCACCAUUCUAAAUUCUUACCUACAUUACAUACACACAUCUGCACCCGACAUUGAGUUACUUGUGCACCCGACAUUGAGUUCUAAUGCGCCGCGCGAAGGUCGUCACCACUGAAUAGGCCGCGAACUCGCAUGUACUUGUAGCGCGGCGAUAUUAGAAUCGCGUAGUGAGCCGCCCCUGGUGUAACACCGACCCUUCAGUGACUUAAAUUUCGUUACCUUUUAAAGGACAUGACGAACUAUUCUGGCAGGCAUCGGUCGAUAAUGUAACCAAAUUGUAACUGCUACUUAGCGAUAACGUUUAGUGCAAUUUUAUUAUUCACAUAGCCUUUAAUCAGCUUUUUGAUCCAUCACAUACAGUAUUGAUGUUUAGCUAAAUACUAACAAUAAAAUUAAAUGUUAUCAGUGUUAUCAAAUAGCAGUCAUUUAUUCGCCUAUUCGUUUGUAAGGAGGUGCAAGCGCGGAUUAUUACCAGUGCUCGGAAAGGGUGAGCUAUUUGCCUUAUAAUGCCAGACAAGCACGUACCUAGAUACUAGAAAGACAGAGGAUGUUGAGUCAAACGCAUACAGAAUAAAAAUGCAAACGAGCGUAGCGACCGCGAAUUUGUUUCCAUAUUAUUAACACGAUUUGGGAAUAUGUGAUUAUGUAAUCAUACAGAGAAAGGACAAGUUGGGAUAGUUAUCUGUCAGCGCCACAUGUUAAAUUAGUAGGAAAAUAGCUCACACUCGCCGACCUCAGAUUAUAACUUUUUCGAUAGCAAUAGUAUUUAAUGAUUCAGAUUGUAAUAAUUGUCUUCUCUCUUAGUGUUGUACCGUGUAUUCAAGAGUCACAUAAAAAAAAAUCUGAAUUAAACUUUACGAUUUUGUGUGAUAGUCCGUGUAUGAAUGCACAGAAACAGUUAAUUUGCUGUUUUUUUUUGACUAUGUGAUGUUUAAGGUAGUGGGUGUAUUUUAAGUUCACAGGAUAAAAUUAUAGGCGUUGAUGUAAUUAAUGUGGCGUUAGAUAAAUAUAAUUAAUGAUUACGGUAA